GAGUCAUAGCCAGCAGCUGCCUGCCGCUCCUGCCGCUCCUGCCGCUGCGCGUCUGCACAGAUCAGCCGUGUGAUAGGGCGGAGGAGGCGCCGACUGCAAACAGCCUGCAGACACGAGAAAAAAUAAAACGCUGUUCAUUCACGGAGAAGCCGCUGGUGGUUAUUUUUAGGGGGAGGGAGGUAACGGACAGCGGACGCCUUUGCAAAUAUUUCCAUCGCUUUGCCUCGCUCCACCUUGCAGGAUGUCUGCGUAAAGCCGUGCGUAAACAGAAAAGCUGCGUGCGGCACCGCGGAAAAGAGACGCUUCACAGGCAGUUUCACCUCGUUUCUGAGGAAAAUUUCCGCUCCGCUCACUGCGAACGACGCAGCGGUGUUUCCUGAUUCCCUGAGCAGACGGGCGGUGGAUAAGAUCGGAAGCGUAACUGUUGCAUUUGAGGAUAAAAUUUGGGAAGUCAUUAUUUUUAAUAUUUUCAUUGUUAUCAUUAUUAUUAUAAUUAUUAUUAUUUGGGAGCCCGGACACCGAUCGAGUUGUUUCCAUCAGGUGCAGAGCAGAGAGAGAGCAUCAGAUCCGCCCUGCAGAGAUGGCGAAGGCAGACCAGCGUUUCGGCCAGCGGGACGGCUCGGACCAGAACUUCGACUACAUGUUCAAGCUGCUGAUUAUCGGUAACAGCAGCGUCGGGAAAACGUCCUUCCUGUUCCGCUACGCCGACGACUCCUUCAGCAACUCCUUCGUCAGCACCGUGGGCAUCGACUUCAAGGUGAAGACGGUGUAUCGCAACGACAAGAGGAUCAAGCUGCAGAUCUGGGACACGGCAGGUCAGGAGCGAUACCGCACCAUCACCACGGCCUACUACCGCGGUGCCAUGGGCUUUAUCCUCAUGUAUGACAUCACCAACGAGGAGUCCUUCAACGCCGUGCAGGACUGGGCCACUCAGAUUAAAACAUACUCGUGGGAUAACGCUCAGGUGAUCAUGGUGGGCAACAAGUGCGACAUGGACGAGGAGAGAAUCGUACCUCCAGAGAAAGGAAAACACCUCGCCGACCAGUUAGGCUUUGAGUACUACGAGGCGAGCGCUAAGGAGAACAUCAACGUGCGGCAGGUCUUCGAGCGCCUGGUGGACAUCAUCUGUGUGAAGAUGUCGGAGCGCGUGGACGUGGAGGUGCCGGCGGCUCCUGCCACCAAGACCACCAGACUGACCGACAAGCCCGCCCAGCUACCUCAGAAGUGCUGCUGAUCAUCUGUGACCCCUCCGCUGUCGCCUCGUCCGCUAACCCCCGCAGAAAAAGAAAAAAACAGAUUAACUAUCGUAACAUUCCUCUACACACUCUCUGCUUCAGUCCAUGUUUGUGAGCCGUCAAUAAUCACUAUGCCUACUGCAGUUUCUGCUAACUAACAUUUAUAUAGCCAGUUUCAUUCCUUCCCUAUCCCCGAGUACCUGAGGAGGCCCUUACAUAGACGGAGGAGUAAGGGCAGCAGUGUGCUCCAAACAAAAUCAUGUUUGGAUUGUUUCAAAAGUUUCUACAACCACUGUUGAUUGUACGUCUGCGUUGAAAAGCUAGCAUGCUAACUGUGACUAGAGUUAGGUAAUGAUGUUCAAGCUAGAUACAUUAGGGUUAGCAUGAUGAGGAGAAUAAAGGCCCGGUCACCCCAGAAAGUGACACAGCACACAUUGCUAUCUCGCAAACCACUGCAACUGCUAACUUGCUAACCAGUAAAAAACCGUCAAGUCACAGUGUUUCUCAGAGCUGGCAGUUUGGUAACUGCCAGUUGGCAAGCUACAGAGCUUUGUUGCUUAUAGGACAAUAUGAAGCACAUUUUAUUUGAGAUAUUCGUGCCAUUGGCACCUGUCAUAACUGCUAACUGUUUCUCUGGAGCGGCAGAGGAGGGUAAUACAGUAUAAUGCAGCAGACAUGUGAUAAUUGAGUUACAUAACUAACAGUUUCCCACUUGUAAACAGCGUUCACAUCAACAUCAAAUGCUCUGAUAAAUCCUUCUCAGAAAGAAAAGCAGUAGCACAAGAAGAAUGACAGCUGCCAUCUUGGGUUGUGCGAUGACUUACAAGUAGUACACAUAGGAGUCUUUCCCAUCAUUACUUUCCUUCUUGCAAUGACGUGAACACAGCAUAAAAGUGGACAAAUCUGAGUCGCCUCGUUCACUCUAAAGUUCAGUACUGUCAUGAUGGUUUCCUAUUGGUCAACAGUGCAAAGUUGUGGUUGAUUACAGCAGAUCUAAUUUAUAUAACUUUAAAUUUUGAAUUCUGGUGUGACCGAGCCUUAAAUCUGGAAUCAUGCACCUGUUAGGAUACGUGCUAACGUCUCUAAGUAGGUGAGGGUGCUAUAAGUCACAAAGAAGCUGUACACAUCAAACAAGCUUAUUGGCCAAUCCAGCUUCCUGUUUGGAUGCAGGUUCAAGCAUCACAGCCAAAAUUAGAACCAGUAUAAAAGAAAGCAGACAGCAGGAUCAUUUCCAAAUGCUUAAGGGCAACACACACCAGACAUGCCAUCAGUAGCCUACAUGUGCAGAGCUUUUGCACAAAUGACAUGUUUUAAAGGAGUGGUGGUGAAAUUUAAAAAAAGGGCUGAUAAAAAACAUCUCUCCAAAAAUAGAAAUAAAACCAAUAACGUUGAAAUAUCAGUGCAAAAUAUAAAACAUAUAAGCACCUUGUACAUGAAGUGAGGAAGCCCCUCUGAACAGUUAAUGAGCGUCAACACUACAAAUAUGACAGCAGCAGAUACUGAUGACAUAAAGAUGCUGCUGUUUUGUGCACUUUACAGAAAACAGUUGGUGCAGCAGUUUUGACAUGUGUUAUACUGUAUGUUGCUGGUGUGUGUUGGUCUUUCCAUGCAGAUGGAAGUUCCAGACAAAUGAACCCAGACAACACAGGCCUCAGAUUAUGACAUUGUUGACUUGCAGAUGAAACAACAACAGUAAUUGUGGUUGUGUGACCUUCCCAGAUGUACUGUACAUCUGGAAAUCUCACACACACUGCCCCAGUCUCGGCCGAAUGUGCCGUUUCAUUUUGGUCGUCUUUGUUUUGAACACACCGAACGUCAGAUUUUGUUGGAGUUCACUGUCAGGAAGAGCUGGAGGCAUUGUCCACAGGAAAGCACAGCACUGCCUCUCCUCAAAGUGUAGCACAACGAGAAACUCACUCCACCACAGCUGCUCAUGCACAAGUUUACAGGUCGCAGUCGUUCACCCGCGAGUCAUGCGCCAAAACAUCAGCUAGGCUGCUUUUCAGAUUGCUAGUGAUAGUUAGGUUCACUCUGAUACAAUAUGCCUAUAGCACACUAACUGUUACUGGCCUUACUUAGUGCUGUUUUUGGCUUGAAAGACGCUUUAGGGCUACACCACCAAUGCACAACUCCCAGGCAGGGCUGCAGCCGAAAUCAUUUGAGUCAAAGGCUGAACAGGAAAAGGGCCGAGUCCCAAACGUGACCGUGACAUGCUACAACAUGAAGUUAACAGGACUUCCUGUGAUGGGUUGAGAGCAGAUAUCAGGUAAACAUAUGAGACAAAUCAAUAUACUGGAACAAUAAUAACAGCACUUGUGAUGCACUUUCAUCAACGAUAAGGGAAACACUUAAAGUGAUGUUCACACCAGGGUUGGACCAAGUCUUUUAAAGACCUAAAGCAACAUUUGACAGAAAAAGCCACAGAUUCAUCCAUCUCCACUGCAAUUUGAUUUGUCUCUAUCUAAACUUAUUGCACCACUAUAUUAUUAGUUAACUAUCUGGCCAUGUCCUAUGAAGGGGCCCCGCGUCUCUAGCUUUAAAACCUUAGUCUAUACUGUAUUUUCUUCACAUGGAGCAUAUUCUUCAAUAAAGCAAAGUUGAUCCAGCACAGGGGGUCAUGGCUGUACAACUUGGAGGUGUCAGGUGCACAUCAUCAAAUCUAGACACUAAAAUUUGUUUUGUUUAUGUUUGCUUUUCUUGUUUUGUCAUGAGCAAACUUCCACAUGAGAGUUUCUGGUGUUUCCCCAGGAGUAAAUAACCAACUAAUCAAAGCUCAGAAACCAAACUGGACCAGAAAAGAACAAAAAAAAUAAUCAACUAAACAGGUACAAGACCCGUAUCAGACCCUCCAGACUGCCAGAGACUUGAGCCCAGACUGCCGCUGAGAGCUGCAGCCCUGCUUCAUGGUGGCUUAUAGCUUUUGCACUGGCCGACACAAUCCAACGCCAUACUGAGGGUGUUUUAUACUCACACAUGCACAUGUGAGCAGAGCUGACGAGUGAAGAGCACACGGUUCUCUCCCUCCCCUUCAGCAGGUGUAGUCACGUAGCCGUCAUGUUCGCAGUGUUUCCUACAUGAGUGUGCGUGGGUGUGUGUGUGUGUGUGUGUGUGUGUGUGCGUGUGCGUGUGUGAUAUUAGAGCCAACACAUUCUAUUGUUGCAUAUGGUUAUCAUGAUAUUUAUUGCGUGUUCAGUUGUGAAGGUUUUUGUGUUUGUGUACGGUAUCUUUGACGGAAGUGGGAUAUUUUGAUAAUGUCAUGUCAGCUGAGAUACAGUACGUGUGUGCAAAUGAACGACUUCAAGAAAAAGGAAAGAUGUUGAGGAAGAAAAUUGUGCAUUUAUUAUUAAAUAUUAUGGAGAUAGAAAAAACAAUAUCCUGCCAAAUUGUUAUAUAGCUACAACAAGCGCACGUUUUUGUGUGUGACUCCCCACUGUGUUUCCUCAUAUUGAUAUAUAAAAAUAUACAAUAAUAUUGACAUUGUCUUCAUAUGAUUAUUUUUUAAGUGACUUUGUAAAUGAUAGAAUUAGAAAUUAUAAUGGUGUUGAGUAUGAAUUUAUUUUUAUGCUGUGUAUACCAUGGACAAAUUAUAUAGAGAGUUUAUGUAAACUUGUUGUCUUACAGUUCACUCCUGUACGGGGGAGAAGCACAAAGUGAUUGUACAAAAAUAUUGUGAAUGUUUGUAUAUUAUAGAUGCAAUUUAGUAUAAUAAAAAAAUCACAAUCUUUAAUCAAAACAUCUGGCUGAGCUUUUCCGUCUCUGAAAGGUCUUUUGUAAAGUUACGCUAUUUGUCAAAUAAAUAUACUCUGUAGUACCUUCUACUACUAUUAAAAAACAUGACAGAAAAAAUAUUGAAUGCAGUGUAAAGACAUAAAAAAUCAAAAUCAAAAGCACACACAUCAAAACACAACGUAAGAGAAAAAAAAAGCUUGAAGAGCACAAACAAAAAUAAGUAAAGUAAAGUGAAAUGUGUGAAUAAAAUAAAAGAGAAUAAAAACAUG